UCUAAGACAGAACAAGACGACUUAAUUCUCAGCAUAUACUGUGAAGAUGAACUGAUUUCAGAGAGGUAUUUCUGGUCAAUGAAUUCAUCCGUUGCUUGACAGAAAAUGGAAAAUGGAACAACUUUUUACUUGAUGUUGUUUGAAAAUAUUGGGUGCACGAGAUAUGCUUUGUUCAGUUUGGGGAUUAUUCUGUACAGCGCUAUACUAUUAUUCAACUUCCUUGUUAUUCUUGCGAUAUUUCUGGAAAGAACUUUACACCAGCCCAUGUACAUUCUGAUUUCAUGUUUGUCCUUUAACUCAGUGUUCGGAACUGCUGCUUUUUUUCCAAGGUUACUGACGGACUUGCUGUCGGAUACACACUUGGUGCCCCGUGAGGCUUGUCUUUUACAGGCUUUUGUCAUUUAUUCCUAUGCAUCAAAUGAAAACACGAUAUUGAUGUUAAUGGCGUUUGACAGAUAUGUAGCAAUAUGUAAACCCUUACAGUACAACAGCAUAAUGACUCCCAGGAAUUUAUCGGUUUUAAUAGCGUUGAGCUGGAUUUAUCCGAUGCUUUGUGUUGGUAUCGCUGCCAUACUAAAUGCCAGACUGACCAUGUGCGGAAACAAACUGUGGAAAGUGUAUUGCCACAACUGGGAAAUCGUCAAGCUCUCUUGUGCAAGUACUAUCAUCAAUAAUGUGUUUGGCUUUUUUAUUGUGACCACAACUGUUAUCAUGCCUUUAAGUUUUAUAUUAUACUCAUAUGUUAAAAUUCUGAUCAUCUGUCGAAAGAGCUCACCGGAGUUCCGGAGGAAAGCCUAUCAAACUUGUAUUCCACACAUAGUGAUCCUUUUGAAUUUCUCUGCUGCUCUUUUUUGUGAGGUCACUUUGAGCCGGGUUCAGAAUUUGGAGCUCCCUAUUGGGCUGUCCAUUAUUCUUUCGCUGGAGUUCCUUAUUGUACCACCAAUCCUCAACCCUCUUAUUUAUGGUUUGAAUUUUCCAGAAAUACGCAAAAAAAUUAUGUGCAUUGUAAAAACAUGUAAAUGAUUGUGUUUUUGAUGUAAUGAAAGCUACACUGUGAAAAGAAAGUCUGUUGACGGACCCUUUUCACACGCCUGUUAUGACGCUUUUAACAGUCAUAAUCUUAAAUCCUUGAAAGUUUUUAAUAUUUAGACUUUUUAAAAAAUUGUAUGAACAUUUAUAUGCAUUUAUGAAUGUAUUAUAUCGUCUUUGCGUCAAAUUACAAAAAACGAAUUUCACUUAUGCGAGAUGUUUGUGAUGCAGCGUCUAUGGGGCUGAGAGUAAAUUUGACGUUAGUCUCACACAAUUUUUUUCCCUUUUUCUAAAACUCUUAAUAACACCAUUGUGGCGUUUUUCUUUUAUAAUUUCAGCCAAAUAGGAUUGUAAAGAAAUGAUUUGUUGUAUUUGCUGUAUAAGUUUACCCAGCUAUGACGUCUUUUGCUACUGAGAGACCUGCAAAUGUGAAAAGGGUCUAUCAACAGUUUCUGCAUUUUGUGAAUCAAGGAUUUUCUGUUUAUUUACAGUUGUGAGUUGCUUUAUGAGAUGUUGAUUUUUGCUCUGUUAACUUUUGAUGUUAAAAAUUCAAAUCUAGUUUAAAAAAGCGACUUUUAUCGACAUUUUAGUAGUUUGAAAUAUCAUUUUUAAGACAUAAGUCAGUUUAUACAGCGUUUUUUUCCCUAAUAUACAACACCAACCCAGACAUUAUAUCACUUUAAAUGAUUAAAAAUGUUAAUAAUAGUCACUUUUUUGAAGGUUAACAGUUGUUGGAAAAUCUAGGCACCAUAAUGCAGAUCAAAAGCAUAAAUGAAUGCGGAAAAUUUUUAAAAGGGAAUCACAAGAUGUUGAAAAUUUUUAAUUUAGGGACAUUUUUACAGUGCAUAUGUAAUGAUAUUUGAUUAGCAUUGGAAGAAGCAGAAUUCUGUAACUACUACAAUGGCCAUAGCAGUGAUACUGACUGUUCUGGGCCGAAAUGAAUUUUUGCAGGUCAAAUUUUGCAUUCAAAGCUUCUGUUGAGCUUUUGAAGGUAACUUUUAAACGUCUGUCAUCUUUUAAAGUCUUUACAUUAAAAAUGCUAUCUUUUUGUAACAUAACUUGCUUUACAAGUUACUAAACAGUGCAUACAUCACUUUGUCCAGCAAGUGGAAGAGCAAACAUUUUUUUCACCGCAGUGAAAAUGUUUU